CGUAACUGCUGCUGAUUUGACGGUCAUAUCAAAUGUUCCCUCCUCUUACAGGAAGAAACCUACUCUAAACUUCCUAGUGCUCCACUGACCGCAACUUUCUUCUUCCUGCUUCUGGAAGUUAAACAGCAAAGCAAGAACAUGACAGCUCUGCUUCGUAAACUGGCCGUGCCGAGGAGCUCAUCGUGGCGGUGCUUGGCUGUAAUUGGGCGGGAGACGCACAGCCGGACUCCCCGUCUUAUCGCCCGGGACGGAGCGCGACUCCUGGCCGGGGGCGAGGGCCCUCUGGCCGGGUACAGUCGCGCACUCAGCCGCGGACAGCACACAGACGCAGCCGGUCCCGUAGAGGUGGAUUUAAAGCGGUUAGAAGGAAAAGACGAUGGGAUAGUCGAGGUGCUGAUGUGCCGCCACAAGGCGAAAAACGCGCUUGGCAACGUGUUUGUCUCUCAGAUGAGGGAGCUGGUGUCCACUCUGUCCAGAGACUCCACAGUGCGCGUGGUCGUCUUCAGGAGUUUAGUGCCGCGCGUUUUCUGUGCAGGUGCUGACCUGAAGGAGAGAGCUCUGAUGAACGACACAGAGUCUGAUCUGUUUGUUCAUGGCCUGCGCUCCCUCAUGACACAGAUAUCGGCGCUGCCAACGCCGACCAUCGCAGCGAUGGACGGCGUCGCCCUGGGAGGUGGACUGGAGCUAGCGUUGGCCUGUGACCUCCGCACUGCUGCGUAUUCGGCGCAGAUGGGCCUGAUUGAGACGACGCGGGGGCUGCUCCCGGGAGCGGGGGGCAGUCAGCGUCUGCCAAGGAUGGUCGGCAUGACUCUGGCCAAGGAGCUCAUCUUCACAGGUCGGCGCGUGGGAGGGCAGACGGCUCUGGAGAUGGGUAUCGUGAACAGAGCGGUAGAACAGAACCAGACCGGAGACGCUGCCUACAGAGAGGCGCUCAGUCUGGCCAGAGAGAUACUGCCCCAGGCUCCUAUUGCCGUGCGGAUGGCAAAAGAGGCGAUGAACAGAGGCUCAGAGGUUGACAUUGGUUCAGCGAUGGCAAUAGAGAGGAUGUGCUACGCCAGGGUCAUCCCCACACGGGACCGGCAGGAGGGCAUGGCAGCCUUCAUAGAGAAGAGAGCUCCUCGGUACACUGGGGAAUAAACUCUGCGAGAUACUGGAUCUCUGUCACACCGGCUUGGCCCUCUCAUUUUCACGGCCAUCUGUAACGUCACACCAGGCAGGUGAUUUGUCUGUGUGUGUGUGUCCUGGUUGCUGUCAGUGUACCAGUUUGUGUUAGGAUCAGAGCACUCGAUUCUUUUUAUUCGAUGUAACACGUAAUGUGGCAAAAGUUUUGAUAUGAACUGUUUUUACUUGAAUACAUUCCAUAAUUUAUAUGUGAUCGAUCCGAAUAAAGAAGCGAGACGGGGAUCAAUCUCUA